AUGGCUGGUAAAGCAACCAAAAAGCAAGCUCUUGCAAAUCAACAAGCACUUUCCACUCUUUAUAAAGCUAGUCUUCCAUUAAUAUUUGUAUCUUUACUACGAACAUGGUAUUGUAAUUCCGGUAAGUCUCCUUUAAUUAAGAUUAUUUCAUUACAUAUCCCAUGUAUAAUAUGCAUCUAUACACUAGAAAAGACAGGUCGUCCAACCUACGACUCAAAAGGUAAGUUAUCUACUGUUGGUGUCGAUUUAGCACAAAGUGGUGGUUUAACAGAUAUAAUGUUUGACGUCAUCUAUUUGUCAUUAAUUGCCGAUGUUGGUGUGAUUCUUUUUAAUACAUUAUGGUUAUGGUGGAUUUGUGGUAUUGCUGUUGUUGGGUAUGGUGGAUAUAAACUAUGGGCUUUGAAGAAUAUGUUAAUGCCAUCUUCACCUAAGACACCAAAGGCCAAAUCUACUACCCCUUCUGAACCAGAAAAAUCAAAGAGACAAAUGAAAAGAGAAAAAAGAGGUGAUAAAGUUCAAAUUAAAUAUCGAUAA